AUGGCGGACGGGGAGAGGCAAGACGCCGCGACGGGCGAGCAGCCGAAGAAGAUACCCAGGGGCGUCGUCCUGGGCAAGGACGGGAAGCCUUGCCGAAGCUGCACCUCCUUUGCCGCCUGGGCCGCACAAACCAAGCAAAAGACGACGGGCCAAGACGGCGGCGGCGGUCAAGGAGGCGGCGGCGCGAUGACGGCGUCUUCCUUGACCGCCGCCGCCCCCCGCCCAGACUGCCCCCCCGACGUCGAGGCCCUGGGCCGCAGCACCUGGACGCUGCUGCACUCCAUCGCCGCCAGCUACCCGGAGGCCCCCUCGCGCGCGCAGCAGUCGGACCUGCUGGGCUUCGUCGGCCUCUUCGGGCGCCUCUACCCCUGCUGGGUCUGCGCCGACGACUUCCAGGCCUACAUGGCGCGCCGCGCGCCCCCCGUCGCCAGCCGCCGCGAGUUUGGCGACUGGCUGUGCGCCGCGCACAACGACGUCAACCGCCGCCUGGGCAAGCCCGAGUUUGACUGCGCGACGUGGGAGCAGCGCUGGCGCAGCGGCUGGAAGGACGGGCGCUGCGACUGA